AUGCUGAGAAACCUCGUGAUAGCGCUGGGCGCUGUGGCGCAGAUCGCGCCGCACGUGCACGCGGCCUUCUACGCCAACGCCUCUGACGUGGUGCGCGAGACGGACUCGCUGCUCCACCUGAACACCACGACCGUCGAGAUCGGCGAAGUGUACGUCGAGCUCGGUCGCCCUGUACGAGUGUCGGCGACGGAGCCGUACACGGUGAGCGGGGCUUCCGCGGCUGCUUCCGCGGCUGCUUCCGCGGCUGCUUCCGCGGCUGCUUCCGCGGACCCGCCUCUGCCAGACGGGUCUGCGACAACGUCAGACGCGUUCUGGGCCCCCCAGGCGCCCUCGGCUCGCCCCAGCGGGCCAGCCGCGUCGGCGGCUUCCGCGGCUUCGCCUGUCUCGGCGGCAACGCCCGUCACGCCCGUUACAAACCUCCUACCAAGCACCGCCUCGACCUCGACUAGCGUCGUUUUCUCGGCUCCACCGUCGGUCGCCACGUCGCAGUCCCAAACCGGCUCCUACGUGACCGCGAUUUCGUCCAGGUCCGAACAGCCGCUCGUGACCCAAUCCUUGAGCUCGAGCGCGCUGUCAACCUCGAUCGUUGUUUCGUCCCUGACGGGUCCUCGCACCAUUUCCACGCCGACUUCCGUCGCGGCCAUGGCCACGUCGCCCUCUUCUCCCGCCAGCGGCACACUGCACACCACUACCAUGGUCUCGGCCAUCACAUCCGUGAGCGGCAACAUCACAGUUCUAUCGUCCACGUCGGUGACCGCUACUUACACGUUGCACGCCAGCUCCGGCAACAGCAGCUCCGGCACUACCAGCGAAUCGGUAUCGACAAAUGUCGCGAGCACUGCUUUGUCCUCCUCGGCGCCCUCCUCCUCGGCGUCCACCCCCACCGUCUCUCUUAUCCAGGUCACUCCCUCCACGGUCCGCCUCUUCGACUCCAUUGACACACAGGAACCACCCACCGUGUACAGCAGAAACGCAAACCCAAUGGAAUUGGCCGCGGGCGUCUCCAACAACGGCUCUCCUUACGAAACUAACAAGUUCUACACCAACCUAAUGGUCGGCGACCAAUCUAGCGCCGCAUUUGUCUAUCCCUACUCUGUCUGGAAGUACCAUUCCCCCUCCGUUUACGGUUUCGCAGUGUCUCAUAGCACCGAGUCCCAGUACAGUUUCGGAAAUUACGAUUCCUCCGGUAACUCGGAAUACCUCGUCAACCCACUGGGCAUUGCUUCACUCGUUUACUCGGCAAAAUCCUUUGGCUCGUCAAAUUUCAACAUGUAUGUGAGCAAUAUGACCGUUUCGUCUUGCGAAGUCUCCAUCAAUGACGGGUCUGCCAGUAACACUCUUUUGUUACCUCUGGUGCAGGGAAUGGGUUUUGUCACCGGUGUUUACUAUGGUUCGCUCGUGCCCGUCAUCUCGACCUCCGCGGCCAUCCUAUCCAUCGACGCUACUUCUUCUGAUUUACUCGCGCAAGGUAUCUUGAAAUACAGAGUCAGCUUGAACACUGGUGCUACAUGGCUGCUCUACGUUACCGUCCCCGACGGUUAUUCGACGAACUCUUUCCAAUUAUCGUUCUCUGGAUCAAAUCAAAUUGUUGGAAAUGUCGCCCUGGAUGGCUUGAUUAUUCAAUCUGCCGUUGCGCCCGACGAGGAGGCUUUGGAAGUUUACUACGAUUACGCUGCCGGAAUGUAUGCCACUUCCUACACAUUGGCGGGUACCUCUGAUGGAGAAACCGCCUCGUACGAGUUUCAGUACUCUACCAGUGGUCGUUCCGCGUCAGGAAAGACCAUGCUUUUCGCACUACCACACCAAACGCCCGCUUUCACAUCCGAUACACAGGCCGCUUUGACCGGAAUCACUUUGCAAUCGACCACUAAGGGUACAAUGCAGGGUCUUUUGACCAACACUUUGUCCUUUACGGAAACUAUCAAUACCGAAAUUGGCUGGCUUCCUUGGUCAUCACAGCUUGGUUCAACAGGGUUGUCCUACAGUGCAGAUCAAUUGGACCAACUUUCCAAAGUCGCCAAUGGAGAACUGAACAUCAACGUUUGGGAUUCUGUCUCGGGCCUAAACACUUACUAUCUGGGUAAAGUCAUCGACAAAUAUGCUUACAUUUUACUGACAGUUCAAGAAAUCUUGCAGGACCAAGGCGUCGCAAAGGCUGCGUUAGAAAACUUACAGGACGCAUUCGAUCACUUGUUUUUGAACCAACAGCUUUAUCCACUCUACUAUGACACCAAAUUUGGCGGUGUCGUUUCUUCCGGUGACUGGGCUUCCACCGCGACUGGCUACGACUUCGGCAACACCUAUUACAAUGACCACCACUUCCACUACGGCUACAUUGUGCAUGCGGCGGCGGCUGUCGGUUACGUAGACGCCCAGCUCGGCGGUACGUGGGCCCGCGACCACAAGGACUGGGUCAAUGCGCUAAUCCGAGACGUGGCUAACCCUAGUGCUGACGACACGUAUUUCCCAGUAUCAAGAAUGUUUGACUGGUUCAACGGUCACUCGUGGGCCGCGGGUCUGUUUGCCAACCCUAACGGUAAAAACCAAGAAUCCUCGUCCGAAGACUACAAUUUCGCGUACGGCAUGAAGAUGUGGGGCGCUGUCAUCGGCGAUGCCUCGAUGGAGCGUCGCGCAGACGUGAUGAUCGCCAUCAUGAAGAGAUCUAUGAACGAUUACUAUCUGUAUUCCGAUGACAACACCGUGGAACCUGCCCAAAUUAUUGGAAACAAAGUCGCGGGCAUUCUCUUCGACAAUAUAAUAGACUACACUACUUACUUUGGCACCAACACCGAGUACAAGAACGGUAUCCACAUGCUACCGAUUACGCCAGUCUCCUCCGAAAUUCGUGGGCCUACAUUUGUCGGUCAGGAGUGGAACGAGAAGAUAGCUGGCAUAAUCGACAACGUCCAAGGGGGCUGGAAGGGUCUCUUGCUGCUCAACAAGGCACUUUUCGACCCAGCAAGCUCCUACGAGGCCUUUUCCGCGGAAGACUUCGACACCUCGUAUCUAGACAAUGGCAUGUCCCUCACGUGGUCGCUUGCCUUUUCGGGAGGCUUGGCCAACUCGCUGGGUCUAUUGUGA